AUGCUACUGGUGGAGGCUAUUGCAAAUUUAUACAGGGGCCCCAUAGUUGUUAAAGGAGUGCCUGAGGCGCGGCCCAGGCGUCAGGCGAUGGAGAUGGACAUUGGAACAUCUUCUACUGCCAUUGAAGAUAAAAGUGGCAAUAAUAGAAAAGAUCCGUCUUGGAAGUGUCCAGCACAUGUACGUGAAGAAAUACAAGACUAUAUGUUAAAAAAGGUUGCAGCAAAGGACUUUGAUAAAACUUCUUUUCCUGAUUUUGAAGAUGUUGAGAGGAUGGGUGAUGAUGAAGACAAAGAUGAAAUUGGUGCAAACAUAGAAGUCCCACAAAAGGGCAGUAAAGAUAGGAAGAAUGCAAAGUUGAAGCAAACCACCAUAAAUGUGGCAUGUAAAAAGGAAUUGCGAGAAAAGGCAUGUAGGGAUAUAGCUCGAUGGAUGUAUGAUGUGGCAAUUCCUUUCAAUGCUGCCAAUUAUCCAAGUUUUCAAGUGAUGUUAGAGUCUAUUGGACAAUUUGGUAUUGGUUUGAAGGCACCAAGUUACCAUGAAUUGCGGGUUCCCUUGUUGAAUAAAGAAGUUACUAAUGUGAAGAAUGAAUUAAAGUCCUAUGAAGAAGAAUGGGCAAAGUAUGGUUGUUCUAUAAUGGCAGAUGGUUGGACAGAUAAAAAGCAAAGCACUUUAAUUAAUUUCUUAGUGAAUUCUCUAAAGGGAACAGUUUUCCUUGAGUCUGUGGAUACUUCAAAGUAUUCAAAGAUUGGUGAGAAGAUGUUUGAGCGGUUUGAUAGAAUUGUGGAGCGUGUUGGGGAGGCUAAUGUGGUUCAAGUAGUGACAGAUAAUGCUAGCAACUGUGUGCUUGCAGGAAAGUUGCUACAAGUCAAGCAUCCACACUUGUACUGGACUCCUUGUGCUGCCCAUUGCUUAGAUUUGAUUUUAGAAGACAUUGGGAAAAUGCCAAAAUUUCAUAACACAAUUAAAAGGGCAGUGACAAUGAAUGGCUACAUUUAUGUUCGUCCAGGUGUGGUGAACAUGUUACGGCACUUCACCGGUGAAAGAGAACUAAUUAGGCUUGCUGUCACAAGAUUUGCAACUGCUUUUCUUACCCUUCAAUGCAUAAAUAAGCACAAGACCAAUUUGAGAAAAAUGUUUACUUCAGAGGAAUGGACCAUAAGUAAGUGGGCAAAAGAGCAAGCUGUCCGUGUGCUUCGAUUAAUUGAUGGUGAGAAAAGGCCUGCAAUGGGAUAUAUUUAUGAGGCUAUGGAUAGGGCUAAAGAAGCAAUUGCAAAGUCAUUUGGUAAAAAGGAAGAAAAAUACAAGGCGAUUGCUGCAGAUGAAGAGGUUAUGACUGGUUUAUACACAGUUCUACAAAGGUUGAUUCCAACCCAACAAGAGCAAGACAAAAUCAUGAAACAACUACUUUUGUAUCAAAAUAGUGUUGGCAUAUUUAGGAUGCCUGUGACAAUUAGGAAUCGAACAGCAAUAUCUCCAGCUGAAUGGUGGAAUGCUUACGGAGCUUCAACUCCCGAUUUGAGAAAUUUUACAAUAAAAAUUCAUAGUAAAAAAAGAAAUAGGUUAGCUCAGCAAAGAUUGAAUGAUUUGGUGUUUGUGAAGUAUAAUCAGGCAUUAAGGCACCGAUAUGAUGCAUGUCACUGCAUUGACCCCAUUUCAUUGAAAGACAUAGAUGAUAGUAAUGAAUGGUUGAUGGGUCAAAUGGAAGAAGAGUUAGAAAAUGAUGAACUUGUGUUUGAGGAUGACAAUUUGACUUGGAAUGCGGUUGUUGAAGCUAUUGGAGUUGAAGAGGAUGCCUACAAUACUAGAUCCGGGAAAGAAAAAAAUAUAGCAUCUGUAGUUGCUUCAAGAUCUAUGUCAAAGCAUAAAGGAAAGCCACCAUCUAGAGCUGAUACUCCUUUACUUAGAGAAGAGACAUCUUCUGAAGAAGAUGAAGAUAUUGAUUUUGAAGAAGAUGAGUAUGAAGAGGACGAAGCUGAAGGGGAAGAUAAGGAAGAUCUUAAUGCUACUUUUGAUAUAGAUUGA